AUUGUUAGCACAGGAAAUCUCUUAUACAUACCUUCAAGGCCAUUGUUUACUAACCCUACCGUGGUACCUGAUCACUCUCAGCCAUGCCUGCACAAGCCGUCUACCUACUGCCACUCACAGAUGCCGGUGCACCUGAUGUACCUGGAACCUACAUCUACCUACCUCCGCCCAGUGAACCUGCAUACAGCGUCCGCUUCCAGAUCCAGGGUACGAGCUCGAUAUGUCGUCAAGGCAGCCUGUGGGUGAAUAUCCCAGUGAAGGGCGAGAAGUUUAGUCGCGGUCAGUACCGCGAGUACAAGCUGAAGCCUGACUUCAAUGGGAUCACCGAGAUCGAUGUCCCCAUCCAUGAGGCCAACGCAUACUCUUUCUACACAACCUACACACCACUGCCUCAGUGGUCGUUUACAGAUGUCGCGACACCGGAGCCCACACGAACGCCCACAUACUACAUCGAUGUUUGCCCCCGGCUCACUCUUCAGGGUCAGCAGCUACCAAUCGAGGCAGUCUCGCUGUUCUCUGUUCUCUCGAAGUUUAUGGGCAAAUACCCUAGCGAUUGGGACAACCACCUCCGAGGCAUCGGCCAGCGUGGCUACAACAUGGUGCACUUCACUCCUCUCAUGAUCCGUGGAAGCUCGAAUUCGCCCUACAGUAUCUACGACCAGCUCGCGUUCGAUUCGGCCGCCUUCCCCAACGGCGAGAAGGAUGUUGCGCGCAUGGUCAAAAAAAUGCAAUCGGAAUACAACCUUCUUAGUAUGACGGAUGUUGUCUGGAACCACACUGCCAACAACAGCAAGUGGCUUGAGGCGCAUCCUGAGGCUGGAUACAAUGUCGACACCGCACCGUGGUUGCAGUCCGCACUGGCUCUCGAUACUGCACUUCUGAAGUUCAGCAAGGAGCUCAAAGCGCAAGGCCUGCCCACCACGUUCAACAACACGGAUGAUCUUCUGAAAGUGAUGGAGGCCAUCAAGACAACUGUGUUGGGUAACAUCAAGCUGUGGGAGUUCUACGUUAUUGACGCAGAGAAGAGCGCCAACGCCAUCAUCGAGAAGUGGAUAGCCGGCCAGACCAAGUUCAUCGAUGACAGCUUUAGUGAUGCUGGUCUUCGUGGCCUUGAUGCCGUCAAGAGCUGGUCUCUCAAGCAGAAGGCCGAUUGGCUUGUGGAACAUGCGCUGCAGGGUGGUGACAGGAUGGGCGAGCGAUUCCGUCGUCGCAUCGAUCCUGCAGUGGGCGCUGGCCUUCUCUGCGCCCUGUUUGGUCGCUACGACAGUCGUACUGGCAACACUCCCGACGAGAAGGCAGCUCGUGAGGCCAUUACCAGCAUCUGCAACGAGGUCAACUUGCCUUUCUACCGUGAAUACGACAGCGACAAGGCCGAGAUCAUGGAACAGCUUUUCAACCGGAUCAAGUAUGUCCGGUUGGACGACCACGGCCCAAAGCUGGGCGAAGUGACGGAGGCCAACCCGCUUAUCGAGCCCUACUUCACCCGCCUGCCGUUGAACGAGACCACCAAGAAGCACAACCCAGAAGCUCUUGCACUCGUCAACAACGGAUGGGUGUGGGCUGCUGAUGCCAUGAGAGACAAUGCUGGACCAAAGUCGCGUGCGUACCUGAGGAGAGAAGUCAUCGUCUGGGGCGACUGCGUCAAGCUUCGAUACGGCAGUGGACCUGAGGACAACCCGUUCCUCUGGGAACACAUGGCCCAGUACACACGUCUGAUGGCGAAGUACUUCCAGGGCUUCCGCAUCGAUAACUGCCACUCUACGCCUAUUCACCUCGCCGAAUACAUGCUCGACCAGGCGCGACAAGUCAACCCUAACGUCUUUGUUGUGGCCGAGCUGUUCUCAGGCUCGGAAGAGAUGGACUUCAAGUUUGUUAUGCGUCUCGGUAUCGCCUGCUUGAUCCGCGAAGGAAUGCAAGCCUGGAGCACCCAGGAGCUGAGCAGACUUGUUCAUCGACAUGGUGGUGUCCCGAUUGGCAGCUUUGAAACCGACGAAGUACUGAACGCUGAGCAUGCGAGCGGUACGGCCGAUUCGUCCAAACGCCAUGCGACUAUCAAAAAAAUCAAGCGUAGUCCUGUACACGCACUCUUUAUGGACUGCACGCACGACAACGAGACGCCUGCUCAGAAGCGUGACGCUCGCGACACCCUUCCUCAAGCCGCUUUGGUUGCCAUGUGCUCUUGCGCUACUGGCAGCGUUUUCGGUUACGACGAGGUAUACCCAGAGCUCAUCGAACUUGUUCACGAGAAGAGGCUCUACUCCUCAACCAACUCGACGGGCGGCCCCAUCAAGCCGCAGGCCGGCGAAGGCGGUAUUGGAGGCGUCAGGAAGAUUAUCAACGAUAUCCACUACAAGAUGGGCAAGGAGGAGUUUGAUGAGACCUACAUCCACCACGACCAGGAGUACAUCACUGUCCAUCGAGUCAACCCCCAUACCCGUAAGGGUUACUUCCUGAUCGCCCACACGGCCUUCCCUGGAUACGGCAAUGGUAACGGAGGCUUCGGCCAGACCAAGCUGCCGGGAACAAAGGCGAAGCUCAUUGGAAGCUGGAACUUGGAGGUCGACAACAGUCCUGAGACACGGGCUCGGAUCAUUGGCGACAAGACUACGCUCCGUGGUCUACCUGCUCAGACGCACGAUCUCAAGGGUGUCGUAGUUGAGUCCAUCGGCGAUUCGACCACAAUCAGUAUUCCCGACAAGUUCCCGCCUGGCAGUAUCGCUCUCUUCGAGACAUGGGUGCCAAGUGCUGAGCAUGCCGAUGGUCUCGACAAGUACGUCACAAGUGGCGCGCGUGCUGCGUUCCGUGAUGUCAACCUGGCCGAUCUGAACUACAUCCUGUACAGAUGCGACCCUGAAGAGAGAGAUGCCACGGACAACAAAGACGGAACAUACAACGUGCCGGGACAUGGCAACCUUGUGUACGCCGGUCUCCAAGGUUGGUGGGGUGUGAUCCGCGACAUCGUAAACGAUAACAACCUCGGGCAUCCUCUUUGCAACCACCUACGAGAGGGCCAGUGGGCUCUUGACUACUGCGUUGGUCGUCUCGAACGCAUCUCGGACAAGCGAAGAUACCACAGGAUCAGAGGUCCUGCCAAGUGGUUGAAGGAGAGGUGCGACGCUAUUCGCAAGCUACCCAACUUCUUGCUUCCCCGUUACUUCGCUCUGGUCAUUCAGACCGCAUACAACGCCGCUGUUGACCGAUCUAUCGAGCUCAUGGGCGACAAUGUCCGCAACGGUCAGCAAUUUCUGAAGAGUCUCGCGCUUGUCAGCAUCCAGGUCACCGGCUACAUGAACAGCGCCUCACUCUGGCCGGACAAGAGCGUACCCAGUAUGGCGGCUGGUCUUCCUCAUUUCGCAUACGACUGGGCUCGUUGCUGGGGUCGCGAUAUCACCAUCUCUGCUCGUGGCUUGUACAUGGGUACCGGGCGCUACACCGAUGCGAAGGAGCACAUCCUUGCUUUCGCAAGCGUUUUGAAGCACGGCAUGGUCCCCAACCUGCUGAGUGGCGGUAAGCUUCCCAGGUACAACUCCCGAGAUUCGGUCUGGUGGUUCCUGCAAAACAUCCAGGACUACACCAAAAUCGUCCCCAACGGCUUGGACCUUCUUCAAGACAAAGCCAAGCGACGUUUCCUGCCUUACGAUGAUACAUGGUUCCCUCACAACGAUAAGCGAGCCUACUCUGUGUCUUCUACGAUCGAGGAUGUUAUUCAAGAAGCACUUCAGCGCCACGCUUCUGGAAUAGAGUUCCGCGAGUACGACGCCGGGCCAAACAUCGACAGCCAGAUGAAGUCUGAGGGUUUCAACAUCAAGAUCUGGACCGACUUCGAGACUGGUUUGAUCUUCGGUGGUAACCAGUUUAACUGCGGUACAUGGAUGGACAAGAUGGGCGAGAGCGAAAAGGCCGGCAGCAAGGGUGUCCCUGGUACUCCCCGUGAUGGUGCACCGGUCGAGAUGAUUGGUAUGCUUUACAGCGCCGUUAGCUGGUGCGCAGAUCUUUACGAGCAGGGCAAUUUCAAGUACGAGGGCGUUACUCUGCCAGAUGGCAAGCAAACCAUCACCUACAGGGCGUGGGCAGAGAAGAUCAAGGCCAACUUCGAGCGCACCUUCUACGUUCCGCGCACACCAGAAGAAGACGGCGAUUACGAUGUCAACCCUAGCAUCAUCAAUCGUCGCGGUAUCUACAAGGACUUGUACCGAUCUGGAAAGGAGUACGAGGACUACCAGCUACGGCCCAACUUCCCUGUCGCCAUGUCUGUGGCGCCAGAUCUCUUUGAUCCUGAGCACGCUUUAUACGCUCUGCAGAUGGCGGAUCGCAUCCUACUCGGACCUCAGGGCAUGAAGACGCUCGAUCCUAGCGAUCUCAACUACCGUGGUUACUACAUCAACAGCGAGGACUCUACCGACUUCCACACCUCGAAGGGCCGCAACUACCACCAGGGUCCCGAAUGGGUCUGGCCGACUGGAUUCUUCCUCCGCGCAAUGCUCAAGUUCGAUCUCAAGCGCCGCAAGACGGCUGAGGAGCGCGUCGAGAGCUACCAGCAGGUCACACGCCGCCUGGCUGGUUGCAUGAAAGCUAUUCAGGAGAGUCCCUGGGCCGGUCUUACAGAGCUUACUCAGAAGAACGGAGAAUUCUGCGGAGACUCGUGUCCCACCCAGUCGUGGUCCGCUAGUUGCAUCAUCGACUUGUUCCAGGACGCAAGAGAGUACGAACUCAAGGACUCCUCGUCGGCCUGAGUGCCUCCAGAACCCUUGUCUGUCGGCCUUUCGACAUCGAGUUUGUCGAUGUAGUUAGCAGGAGCACUCAUAGUGUUGUGCGGGCUUGUUGUUGCAUGGCUGAAGAUAUCCCACUCUGUACCUAUUGAUAACCUAAUUGAACUUCUUUCC